AUGACUGGGAGACUCACUCUAACUGGAAAGAUUCUCGGAAGUCUAGUGAAGACUAUAAUAUUCCCGGAAGCUGACCGGAGAGACGUUGAUGAGCUGCCCAACAAUGGGAAAGAAGGGAUCCAUGUUUUCACUUUGUGGAUGAAUAUGAGCAGAUAUUCGAGCUAG